AUGGGAAGGGAACUACAAAUAGAAGAGCGGGAAAUACUCGACAGCAUUUUUCCCGAUGAAAUACAAGACAUAUCAGACACAGAGUAUCGGAUCUCAAUUCAUUUAGAUAUCUCCUGCAUCGAUGAAGAACAUACAGAGCCUUUGAUUGUACUUCUGCGGGUAGAAUAUCCUCCUGAGUAUCCUGAUGAGCCACCUAUUUUGGACCUCCUCCGCCCACCAAAUGCGUCCCCGCAUCGAUUUUUCAACCUUUCUGAAGACAAGAUAACUUUACUCGACAGUUUAAAAGAAAUUGUGGCAGACUACAUGGGAAUGGCGAUGGUUUUCACGCUUGUUUCUACACUCAAAGAAAAUGCUGAACAACUGAUAGCAGAUCGCCAAAGGAAAUGGCAGCAAGACCAGGAACAGCAACGGUUGGAAAUCGAAAGAGAAGAGAAUAAAAAGUUUUACGGCACUCCAGUUACUCCCGAAACAUUUGCAAGCUGGCGCGAAGAAUUCAAGAAAGAAAUGGAAGAGAUCAAGAGAAAAGAAGAUGAACAAGAAGAUGCAGUAGAGAAGAAGAAAAAUAAAGGAAAAGAUAUUGUUGUGGCUCUAACAGGUAAGCAGCUAUGGGCAAGGGGUAUGGUGGGCAAGAUAGAGGAAGAGGAUGAAAGAGGAGAAGAUGCCACUGUUUUGGAUUAG